CAGACGGCUCCGGACGGGACCUCGACCACAGGCCGCUCCGCGGGCGCCUCGGAUCCCCGCGGGACCCCCGUCCAGCCCGCCGCCCGGUGCAGCCGCCUGCGCGCCCCAUCGGCAGCUCUCCCCUGCCCGUCUCCCUCGGCGAGACCAGUGGGCAGCGUGCAGCCACCAUGUUCAGCUGGCUGAAGCGGGGCGGCGCGCGGGGCCAGCAGCCCGAGGCCAUCCGCACGGUGACCUCGUCCCUCAAGGAGCUCUACCGCACCAAGCUGCUGCCUCUCGAGGAGCACUACCGAUUCGGCGCCUUCCACUCGCCGGCCCUGGAGGAUGCCGAUUUCGACGGCAAGCCCAUGGUCCUGGUGGCUGGUCAGUACAGCACGGGGAAGACCAGCUUCAUCCAGUACCUGCUGGAGCAGGAGGUGCCAGGCUCCCGCGUGGGGCCCGAGCCCACCACCGACUGCUUCGUGGCUGUCAUGCACGGGGACACCGAGGGCACUGUGCCGGGCAACGCCCUUGUGGUUGACCCCGACAAGCCCUUCCGCAAGCUCAACCCUUUUGGGAACACCUUCCUCAACAGGUUCAUGUGUGCCCAGCUCCCCAAUCAGGUCCUGGAGAGCAUCAGUAUCAUCGACACUCCGGGCAUCCUGUCAGGCGCCAAGCAGAGAGUGAGCCGGGGCUACGACUUCCCGGCCGUGCUGCGCUGGUUCGCGGAGCGCGUGGACCUCAUCAUCCUGCUCUUCGACGCGCACAAGCUGGAGAUCUCCGACGAGUUCUCCGAGGCCAUCGGCGCCCUGCGGGGCCACGAGGACAAGAUCCGCGUGGUGCUCAACAAGGCGGACAUGGUUGAGACCCAGCAGCUCAUGCGCGUCUACGGGGCGCUCAUGUGGGCGCUGGGCAAGGUGGUGGGCACGCCCGAGGUGCUGCGUGUCUACAUCGGUUCCUUCUGGUCCCAGCCCCUCCUGGUGCCCGACAACCGGCGCCUCUUCGAACUGGAGGAGCAGGACCUCUUCCGCGACAUCCAGGGCCUGCCGCGCCACGCCGCCCUGCGCAAGCUCAACGACCUAGUGAAGAGGGCCCGGCUGGUGCGGGUCCACGCAUACAUCAUCAGCUACCUGAAAAAGGAGAUGCCCUCCGUGUUUGGGAAGGAGAACAAGAAGAAGCAGCUGAUCCUCAAGUUGCCCGUCAUCUUUGCCAAGAUCCAGCUAGAGCAUCACAUAUCUCCCGGUGACUUCCCAGACUGCCAGAAGAUGCAGGAGCUGCUGAUGGCUCACGACUUCACCAAAUUCCACUCGCUGAAGCCGAAGCUGCUGGAGGCCCUGGACGAGAUGCUGACCCACGACAUCGCCAAGCUCAUGCCCCUGCUGCGGCAGGAAGAGCUGGAGAGCACCGAGGUGGGCGUGCAGGGCGGCGCUUUCGAGGGCACCCACAUGGGCCCGUUCGUGGAGCGGGGGCCCGAUGAGGCCCUGGAGGACGGCGAGGAGGGCUCGGACGACGAGGCCGAGUGGGUGGUGACCAAGGACAAGUCCAAGUACGACGAGAUCUUCUACAACCUGGCGCCCGCCGAUGGCAAGCUGAGCGGCACCAAGGCCAAGACCUGGAUGGUGGGCACCAAGCUCCCCAACUCGGUGCUGGGGCGCAUCUGGAAGCUGAGUGACGUCGACCGGGACGGCAUGCUGGAUGACGAGGAGUUCGCCCUGGCCAGCCACCUCAUCGAGGCCAAGCUCGAGGGCCACGGGCUGCCCACCAACCUGCCCCGCCGCCUGGUGCCGCCCUCCAAGCGGCGCCACAAGGGCUCUGCAGAGUGAGCCAGCCACUGCCUGCCGGCCCUCCCUCCCUCUUGCCCUGCUGUGGCUCCCCAGCACCAGCUGGCUGCACACACACCCCCGCCCCAGCCUGCAUGCACGCUGCCUGCCCACCUUCUCAGCUGUAAGGAUGGGGGUCUCUCUACUCCCCUCUGCCAGACAGUGGGGACCAGGGGAGGGGCAAGGCUUCUCUGCCCGGCCUUUGCAUCUCUACCCUCACAUACACUUAGGCACAUCCCGUUGACAUUAACACACACACGCACAGAGGCAUCGAUUCAGUCAUCGUUCAUUCAAGUAUUUAUUGAGCACAUACUAUGUUUGGAUGUGCAGGGCUUGUUCCGGGCACUGGGGAGUACAGCAGAGAGCAAAACAGACACGAGUAUCUGCCCUCAGGGGGCUGACGUUCUCAGGAGGGAGCACCCACACAGUCACACAAACACACACAGACACAGGCCCUAACCAGCCCGAUCCCCAAUUCUGGGCAGGACCCCUCGCCUCUCCCCAUAGUCCAGUGGCGCCUUGUUGGAAAUAACAAACACAAAGGCCCCCUUCCCCACUUCUUGCUCAUCCAGGCAAGGACCGCCCGUCCCCCCAAACUCCAUCGUGUUCUCAGGCCUUGGGACCAGUGGGGGCUCAGAGGGGAGACACAACCUCCUACUUCCUCAGAGGGACCCCUCUUCAGCCCCUCUGCCCAGUUCUGGUUACACCCCUUUCUGUACUAAGGAUUCUUAGCAGACAGAAAAGCCCCUUCUAUCCUUGCUUCGCCCAGACUGUGCCCACUUUGAGGUAUUUUUGGCUUCGGCCCACGGGCCCUGGUUUGAAAACCCAGCCUGGCUGCCCCCGUCCCUAAGCUCCCCACAGCUGGUGGCCUGAAUUGUAGACCACAGGGGCACAGCCUCUUUGCCAUCAGCCCAUAUUUAAGUAGAGCCCCUACCAGAUAUAAAGGCCCCAGGGCUUUAUUUUAGUCCCCCUUUCAGGGAUGCGUUGGGGGGUGGGGGGCUCUUGGUGCUACAGCUCUCCCUUCUCCUCCCUAGAGGGACCCCUCACGUCCGGCCUUCCACCCUUCCGUGCCUUCACCACUUACUAGUGCUUGACCCUGGUGGGGGACCCCAUGGAAAAGAUGGGGAAGGGUGACAAAGGUGGGGACGACGCCCCCCCACGAUGCUCGCGGGGAUUUCCACACCCACCAUCACCACCCCCCAUGCCUAGGAGGGGCCUGUGAACCGAACAGCGAACAGCGUUCCCACAGAGCAAAUAAAGCCAAGGCUUCUAACCA